AUGGGUAAUGUUGAGAAGGGCAAGAAGGUUUUUGUUAGAAGCAUGCCCAGUGCCAUACUGUGGAGAAAGGGAGGCAAGCACAAGACUGGGCCAAAUCUCCAUGGUCUCUUUCAGGCCCCUGGAUUUUCUUAUACAGAUGCCAACAAGAACAAAGGUAUCACCUGGGGAGAGACUACACUGAUGGAGUAUUUGGAGGCUCCCAAGAAGUGCAUCCCUGGAACAAAAGUGAUCUUCGCUGGCAUUAAGAAGAGUGCACAAAGGGCAGACUUGACAGCUUAUCUCAAAAAAGCUACUAAUGAGUAAUAGUUGGCCACUGCCUUAUUUAUUAUAAAUGUCUCAGGACUUUUUCUAUAUGUACCAUAUUUAAGUUGAUCUCAUACACCAGCAUUCAGAUCAUGAAUGGCUAAUAGAGCAUU